AUGUCUCACAAUUUCCGGGUGGAGCUCCAGACUGUCGACCGCGAACCGAGUGACUUAACUGCCGCGUUUGCCACAGUCGCCAGGCGAUAUCAUAAUCUUCGCCGCGCUGAGCCGUUCUCGGUUGACAAGCUCAUCAUGGCCUCGGCGAAUGACCCAUUCCAGCCAGUGUUCCGAUGGAAAAGCGUCCAGGGAUGGGAUCGAUACCUCCGCUUUGACAAGGCCCAGGGUCUUUUCCAGGCCCCUGACCCCAUGUGGUGGUACAGUCAGGAGGACGGAGUCUUGGUGUACCCGGUCAAGACAGUCGUUGGCACUGAAGCCGAACCAGGCAAUGCCUUCACGGGCUUCGCCUAUGAGCUGUUCGACCUAGAAACGAAUCAGCAUACCGUUAUUCCCUUCGACGUCCGAAAUAAUAUCAUCCGGCGGGUGCGUCUGAACCACGGGGUCUUGAUAUUCGACUGGGCCGAAGCCAUGCCCUAUCGAUUCAACUUUGGACAAGAAAUCAUCGUCAUUUCGCCACCGCGUUGGAUGUUUUUCGGAUCUGAAUGGAAGAUCCACGGCGUCGGCUUCAUCCUGAGCGACUUGGAUCGCUUCUUCUCGGCCCACACCCCCAACCAUUACGCGGUCUACUCCCACCGGGAGAGCCCAGACCCAGGGGUUUUCCCUCAGAUUAUGGAGGAGCUCUCUGUUUGGGACAUCUCUUGUCCUAGCCCAAACCCGCCAUCCAGUGUUGCCAACAAUGGUAACCAGAACCAAGUCGUUGCGGCUGGUGCAUCCGGCACGGGCUUGUCACUUUUGGGAGCACUACCGUCGACUGCUAGCACGUCGUCUCAAAUUCACCUGCAGCCCCAGUCUCAGAACAACAACGGCACCGGUAUCAGGAGCGACGACAACGCUACCGGCGGAGAAGGAGGCACCGAGCCUGGCACGCGUCAGCAAGUCCCUUCCGGACCCGUCCUCAUCCGGCGCUUGCAAGAGCGCGACCUGGACUUCUACAGAAUACUCCAGGGCAACACCCCCAAACUCCGCCACCUGGCGUUCGACAAGCACAACGUAUUUUUCACCGAGGAGGAUCACUGCUUUGCUAGGGGCAUUCCGAUCGUCCCCUUCGGAACCACCGACGACGAUGGGCCGGACUCGAUCCCUCGUUGCAGGCGCCUCUUCGGCCCCCACUGGGUGGAUAUCUGCGGCGCGGAGGGCGACCGGUUGGCGAACGUCUGCCGGCACGUCGCCCCCCUUAAGACCCCCUGGGGCCUCAGACAGGGAGACGAGGAAUACGAGGAAUACACGACCAGCAGCGAUGAGAGCAACGACAGCAGCUACAGCGACGAGAGCAGCUCCAGCUCCGGCAGCGACGACGGGACGACGGCCGUGCUGAAGACGACCUACCCUUGGCCCUCGGAGCUCCGGCGUCUCGGCCUCUGGCCCUGGAACGAGGCCGACACCACCUCCACCCCGCCCACCCGCUGGCCGGGCUACGCCCCGUGCUGGCGCCACGACGUGUUCCCCUUCAUGACCGUGGCGCAGGUGCUCGACUUCGGCGCCCGCGUGCGCAUCUCGGCCCGCGUCUGGCUCAUGUACACGGUCGUCGAGGCCCCCCUCGUCACCCUGAACCCGCGCCGCCCCGAAAUGGUUGAGCUCCACCCCGACUGGGUCCACCACAUGAUGGCCGCCGGCACCAUGGCCGGCGACGAGCGCUGGAUCAUCGGCCAGGACAACUCGAGGCGUAUCGCCAUCCUCCGCUUCUGA